UCGUGUCUUGAUGUAAACAUUAUCGAUUUUUCCAAUCGGAUUCGACCGAAGUUUUGAACGCUCUUCUGAAAAUCGAAAAUCAUGUGUUGAAAAUUGUGCAUUCUGAACGGAAAACUAACUCAAGUGAAGCAAAAAUGUCCAUUUUCCGCAAUAAAUUGGUUUUGGGCAUGAGUGCCGUUGGAACGGUUGCAGGCUGCGGCGCUCUCCUCAAAGAUUACAUGCAAGGGGCUCGCUUCGAGCGGAAGGAUGUUCGAGCCGACGGGAAGGUGGUGAUUGUGACCGGAUCCAACACCGGCAUCGGCAAGGAAACCGUUAUGGGUCUCGCUGGCCGGGGGGCCCACGUUUACAUGGCGUGCCGGGACAUGGACAAGUGCGAGGAAGCCCGCAAGGAUAUCGUGCUGGAAACGAAAAAUCCCAACGUGUACUGCCGGGAGUGCGACCUGAGCUCGCUGCAGUCGGUGCGGAAGUUUGUGAAACAAUUCAAAACCGAACAGAAUCGGCUGGACAUUCUGAUCAACAACGCCGGAGUCAUGCGCUGUCCGCGCUCACUCACUGCCGAAGGCAUCGAGCUCCAGUUGGGGGUCAACCAUAUGGGACAUUUCCUCCUAACGAAUCUACUACUAGAUCUUCUGAAACUUUCCGCCCCGAGUAGAAUCGUAGUAUUGUCUAGCAUCGCCCAUACCCGUGGAAAAAUCAACGCCGAAGACUUGAACAGCACCAAGAAGUACGACCCGGCCGAAGCGUACGAGCAGAGCAAGUUGGCCAAUGUGCUGUUCGCGCGGGAAUUGGCCAGGCGGCUGGAAGGCACUGGAGUCACGGUGAACGCAUUGCAUCCCGGAGUGGUCGACACCGAGUUGAUGCGACACAUGGGCCUAUUCAAUAGCUGGUUCUCGUCUUUCCUCAUCAAACCUUUCGUAUGGCCAUUCCUUAAGUCACCAAUUUCGGGUGCUCAGACGUCGCUUUACGCUGCACUGGAUCCGAGCUUGGAGAAGGUUUCCGGGCAAUAUUUUAGCGACUGUGCGCCGAAGGACGUUGCCGAGCAGGCCAAGGAUGACCGGUUGGCCAAGUGGCUGUGGGCCGUUAGCGAAAAGUGGACCGGAACGCUGACCGGAACGGCUGCUGUUUCCUGACAGCGGAUCGUCAGGCUAAAGAACAAUAAGGACAUUAUCAUCUUUAGCGAACCGAAUUUGCAGGAGUGAGACUUAUUGUGAAUGGGGUAGGGAUUCGUUAGGUUGAAUCGGAAUAAGAUGGUUAAAAUGGUUAUAAGGCUUCCAUAGAGAAAUUGCAUGAUAAAUUUGAUAAUUUUUAGAGAAAAUGACCAUUUGCAUUUCUUGAAGCGCAAAGUCAAAUUGAUUCUUGUACUUCUAAAUAUGUAGUGAGCUUAUUAGUAGAUUUAGUAAGCCUACAAUGUAAUAUUAGUUGUAGAAGAUGCAGAUGGAGUUGGCAUAUCGUUACAUUACUCCAUGUCCAAACUAAUUCAUAAGUAAAAUAGAGCCAAAUAGCA